AUGAGAUACUCUUUGGUAGCGGCUGCUAUUGCCAGCGCCAGUCUGGCGAGCGCUCACACGAUCUUCGUUCAACUUGAGGCAAAUGGUGUGACGAAUCCAGUAUCUCACGGCAUAAGAACGCCAUCUUAUGAUGGCCCUAUUAGCGACGUAACGUCUAACGAUGUUGCAUGCAACGGCGGUCCUAACCCGACUACGCCCUCUGACAAGAUCAUCGACGUCAAAGCUGGCUCCACAGUCAAUGCUAUCUGGAGGCACACGCUGACAUCUGGCCCCGGUGAUGUGAUGGAAGCGAGCCAUCUGGGACCUACCCUCGCCUACCUCAAGAAAGUCGGCGAUGCAACGACUGACAAGGGAUACGGCGAUGGUUGGUUCAAGAUUCAGGAAGAUGGUUACAGCAACGGAGUCUGGGGUACCUCGAAGGUUAUCAACAACGAGGGCAAGCACCCGAUUAAGAUCCCAGACUGUCUACCAGAUGGACAAUACCUCCUCCGUGCUGAAAUGAUUGCCCUUCACGCCGCUGGAUCCAGUAAGGGUGUUCAGCUGUACAUGGAAUGCGCACAGAUCAAUAUUUCAGGAGGUUCGGCUACAAAGACGCCUACAACCUAUAGCCUCCCCGGUAUUUACAAGCAGAAUGAUCCGGGCAUCCUCAUCAACAUCUACUCCAUGGAUAAGAACAGCCAAUACGUUAUCCCUGGCCCUGAUCCUUUCACUUGCUCGGCAGCUAGCUCUGGCGGUGACUCUCAAACAACACCGAAGCUACCUGCUUCCACAACACUAGCAACGUCCACCAAGACCACAGCACCCACGACACCGACCUCUCCCUCGGGAUGUACUGUCGCGCAGUGGGCCCAGUGCGGUGGCUCUGGCUUCACGGGAUGCAGUACUUGCGCUAGCGGGUAUACUUGCCAGAAACAGAACGAGUACUAUUCCCAGUGCGCGUAA